AUUAAGGAUUAAGGUCUGAAUUAAACCGUAUAGCCUCACAAAUUUCAGAAUAGGUUGAAGCUUCUUUUAAUGGAGUCGGGGGAAAUUAUAAAGCUCUUUGAUUCAUGUUGGUUUGAGAUGGAAAUCCUCAAGAAACGGAUAUCUCCAUCAACAUCAACGAGCUUUGAACCAAACCCAGAUCGCCAAGUUGAAGAAAAGUCAUUAAAACCGGAGUUUACACGCACCCCAACUCUCCAUACAAGGUCCAUGAGUGACCAGUUGAGCAUAAGCACAAGCUUCCUAGGUUCUGAUUCUUUCUCACCAGACUCUGUUUUCUACUCACCGAAGCUCCAUAAAAUCAUGUCAGGCAAAGAAAUUACAGAAGAAGAGUUGCAAGAAACUAUUCAAGAAUCACCUAACAAGAAGGUUGUUGCUAAUAGGAGAAUUACAAGAAGAAAGAAGGGUCUAAGUAAGAGCUUGUCAGACUUGGAAUUUGAAGAGCUAAAAGGGUUUAUGGAUCUUGGCUUUGUUUUCUUGGAGGAAGAUAAUAAGGAUUCAAGGUUGGUUGAGAUAAUUCCUGGGUUGCAAAGAUUGGGAAAGAAAAAAGUUGAAGAUGAGAGUAAGGAAGCUGAUGAUAAAGCUGAAGUUUCAAGGCCUUAUCUCUCAGAAGCAUGGGAAGUUUAUGAAAGAAGAAGAAAAGAGAACCCUUUGAUGAAUUGGAGAGUCCCAGCUUUGGGUAAUGAGAUUGACAUGAAAGACAGCCUCAGAUGGUGGGCUCAUACUGUUGCCUCUACAGUCAGAUGAUGAGGAGUAAUUCACACUUCAAAGUUUUGGUUUACUUGGGAUUUUUCCCCAAAUUUUCUCUUUUAAUUCUUUUUUUUACAUGAUUUUAAUUACUCGAUACUGUAUUCUGCAAUCGUUUCUCUUUGUUUCAGUUUAGUUGUAAAUAAAGAUUAGAUUGAACAAUGAAUAGCAAUUUCUUUCGUCAACAGAUUGAUGAUUUACCGA